AUGUCUGGUUCUAACCGAGCAGCUGUCCCCAACGGUGAUGAGUCGAGAACAGAGAAGCCUCAGGUCAACUCUCUAGAGGUGACACCUGAAAUGCUCCAGAAUCCCUUCUUUGUCGACGCAAGUGAGACAUUGGGACCACGUCGAAAGAUCCCAGCAUGGCUCGACCAUUUCAAUGCCAAAGAUCUUAAGAAGCUAUUCAGAUGCUCCCUUGCUAUGUGGAUCAUGACCAUCUUCAUUUACAUCAACCCGAUCCAAAAUGAGAUGGGCCAAGCGUCUUUUCUUGGAUGCAUUGUUUUAUGGCUCGCACCGCCAUCGGGCACAAUAUUUAUGCAGCUGAUAGCUGCUGUCACCGUAAUGCUUGGUGUUACAACCGCCUGGGCAUGGGGUGUAGUUACCAUGAGAGCUGCCCUAGCGACUCGAUCGGAUGCAGACACCCAAGCUCGACUUGCUGAACUUCAGGAAAUGGCUAUGUCUCAGAACAGCAGCGACCCCAAUACAUAUGCGGAGAUCAAGCUUCUUAACGGCUUCAUGUUGAACACCAGCGUCACCGCGACAUAUUUCUGCAUGAUUUGUUUAUAUCUAUACUUGAUUGCUCGCCUCCGAGUCGCUGCUCCCAAACUCAGACUUACGCAGAUGAUGGGCUGCAUCGUCAGCGCCGUCUUCCUCACCCAGGCGCCGCUUCUGCCGAGCUUUAAUGGAAACGUCGCUAAGCCUUUGGUAUUGCCCUGCGCUAUAGCUGAAGGUAUUGCCCUAGCGUGCAGUGUAUUUAUAUUUCCGACGACUUCAGCAGCUGAAGCGCUCAACCUACUCAAAGACCUGGUCGCACCUAUGCCAACAUUCCUAGACGCCUGUCUGCUUGGACUCAAACACCCCGGUUUAAGUAUGAGCACGGGGAGAUUAACUGCAGCAAAGCUGAAGCUGUUAACAACAUAUACGCAAUUGGGCCCGGUCAUUACAUUUCUGCCUAUUGAUUUCUCUAUUGGGAGGUGGAGCUCGGAUGACUUGACCACGCUGUCUGAGCCAGUACGGCAACUCGUGGUUGAGUUUACUGGUCUUCUUGAGAUACACAGACAAGCCGAAAUGCAUCAAGAUAAGUCCAGACAAGCGUUGAACCCUGUGUCAGUUUCAGGGAACGGCGUCCAAGACAGUCAAAGAGUCCCCGGAACCGGACGACAUCAGAUGAACCGAGAAGUCCACUUUCACAAAAGUUCCAAUUCCUUAGAGAGAACUGAACAAGCAAAGCAGAGUCUCCAGGUACUUUCAGACCCUGCCGAGGAUCUGAUUGAGGCAUGCAAAGAGUCAAUCAAAGCCAUUAGUGAAGCCUUGCUGAACGCGAACGCUUUCAAGGAAAGCUCUGAUCACGCAGAAAUGCUCCAGACACACACUUCCACACUCGAGAAACUAAGCCAACAACGCAAAGCUUUCAAUACGGCGACCUCUGGCUACUUUCCUAGGCCCUCUCACCAUAUUUUUGAUGACGGCGGGGUCAUGAAAGUCCAAUCUGGUACCGUUCCAGGGUUGACUGGUCUUAUAAUGGGACAGCUCAUUAAGGAGAGAUUAUCCCAACUGGCAGAUGCGCUGGAACAUCUACUCUCGAGAAUUGUCGAAUUGGAGAGGAGUCGCACUGCCUUACGACUCUGGCUGCCGACCAGAUUGGCGUCUCUCUUCGGGUGGAUGGCUAGGACAGAUUUCCCGGAAGAUAUGCCUGGUGCAAACAUCGACGACACGAUUGCUACCCGCACCUCAACUGUUGCUUCAGCACAGAGCCGCCCACCAGGAAAGUCCCAUGGAAACCAAGACACCAAGUCGAGCCGGGCAGAACUCGCCUCCAUGAGAACACUCAACGGCCGUAGGAGGAGCAGAGCUGGCCAAGUUCUUCUGGAUACCGCACAUUGGCUGGGAAAUGCCGAAGGAAUGUUCGCCAUUCGUAUGGCGAUAAUGUCGGUGGCUCUUUCCCUUCCAGCCGUCAUUCGUUCCAGUGCAGGCUUCUAUUAUCGCGAGAACGGUCUGUGGGCUGUCAUCAUGGCGCAACUGACUUUACUCCCCUAUACGGCAGAGGUUGUGUACGGAAUUUCUGUGAGGGUCGUCGGAACAAUAUUUGGCGGCUUUGUUGGCAUGGCUGCAUGGUAUAUUGGUUCCGGCAGCGGUCCAGGAAGCCCAUACGGAGAAGCUGCCAUCAUGGCUAUUGUUAUCGUCAUGUUCAUGUGGUGGCGUCUCUUCGCCUCUAUUCCUUUGAUGCCUGCGGGAAUCAUGAUGGGGAUAACGGCACAUCUCGUCGCCAUUUACAGCUGGAUUGAUACGCACGAAGAACCCUAUGGUAAUCCUGGUAAGGGUUAUGAGGUCUUUUGGAGGCGUCUUGUUCUCGUACUUGUUGGUUUGAGUGCGACGUUCGUUACCAACUUUUUGCCAAAACCACCCUCUUCAAACCGUCAUUAUCGCCGCCUACUUGGCGAUAGCCUUGUCAACAUCCGAGACCAGUACGCCCUUUUUGCAUCCAACUGGAAGGACCCCACGACAGAUUUGCGCGAUGUGGCUGAAGAAGAACUUUUGGCGGCCAUAGAGACCCUCUUGUCUAUUUCCGGGCCGAUCAAGCUAACCGUAUUUGAGUUCUCAACUUCUAACUUUGACACGGAUACGCUCAGCCAAGUCUGCCAGCUCUGCAUGCUGAUACACCAGGCUGUUGCACAGCUCUUAGUGUAUACAACCCGUUUGUCGGAGACGCAGAGGGCAUGGAUUAUUCCAUCCACAGGUGUCACAGAGGAAGGCAUGGUUGCUGAGAUCAUGGCGGUCCUCACAGUAGUCCAACAAGCACUGAAAACUGAGGAUGCGCUUCCAGCUGUGUUACCCACACCAUUGUUUACUAAAGCUACAGCAUUCUCCAGAGAAUACCUUCAGGAGGCGGUGCGCGACAAUGGUCUCUACAAGAAAUAUGAGGUCGACGAUGAGGGUUUGAGGUGGUAUGCUGUGAUAUUGAAUGCUUUUCUACAGAUGCUGGCAGGAUUGGAUGAGUUGGUGCUGGUUCUGAAAAGAGCUGUCGGCGAGUCAAGUAAUAUAAAUAUUUUUGAGGGAUAG